GGCCAGGAAGGGUUUGAAGAGUUAAGGAAGUAUGUCAAACAAGGGGGAGAAUUCUGUAAGGAAGUAGCCUCAAUCAUACAAGAAAGGGCUGAUUUAGAGACAACUUAUGCUAAAUCAUUAUCAAAACUGGGGAAAAAAUUAACCAAUGCCUCGGCCGGUACACUUGGAUCUCUAUCAGAUGGCUGGAAGACUGUGGCUGUUGCUAUGGAACAGGAAGCAGAAUUACACAAAAAUCUGGCAUCUGGUCUGUAUGAUGAUAUCAGUAAGCCAUUGAAGACAGAAAUUGAACAACAUACUAAAUCACGCAAACCUAUAGAAGCUAUGGUAGAAAAAUCAUUGAAAACUUUAACAGAUAGACGAACUGAAGAAUACAAGGCAAAGAAAGCAGCCUUCUCGUGUGCUAAAGAUUAUGAGAAAGCAGAAGAUACAGAGAUAAAGUCUGGAAAAGCUAAAGACGUCACCAAGGUAGGUAGUGUUGGUCACAGUAAUGAGAAGAAAUGUAAACAAACGAGAGACUUGGUGAAGAAAGCUGAUAAAGAAUAUACAGACUGUUGUUAUAAAGCCGAGACAGCCAGAUUAGACUGGGAUUAUAUUGUUAAAAAAUGUAGUUCCAGCAUGCAACAGUUAGAAGAAGAACGUUUACGGAAUAUGGAACAUUUUUUAAAUAAAUAUAAUGGUCAUAUGACUGUUAUAGGACCCAAAAUUAUUCAGAUCUGUGAUAGGCUCAAUGAAUCUGUGAUAUCAGUAGAUGUAAAUAAUGAUUUAAGAAUUGUUGUACAACAGAAAGGAGUGAAGGGACCACGGCAACAAGAUCAAAUAUUGUUAGAUUGUUAUGCAGAAGAUUCUCAGUUUGCUAUGAAAGCAGAACGAAGGCGUAAUGCAUUACAGAACUAUUUAUUAUAUUUACAUGCCCAUUUGGAACGGGAUCGUAAAGGCAAAGAAGGCACCCAAACGUUAAUGGAUGUUUACAAAUCGAGACCUAACUUUGGUGAUGCUGAUGCUCAACAAGAAGUCAUACAAAAUUUAGAAAAAAUAACCUAUACUCUCAACUUCUUAGAGGCCUCCCAUUAUAAAAUCUCAAAAUGUCUAGCCAAGCAAGAUCAACGAACUAUACCAACUCAUAAAUUUGGUGACUAUAUAGAAACCACUAGAGAUAAACAGAUGACUUUACAAGCUUCAGUGCUACAAGCUGCCAGAGUCUUGUUAAGUGCUGCAUAUUUCAAAUAUGACCCACACUGUAAAUGGGUACGGAUAAUCCGGGAAAGAUCAAUGCCUAGAGAUCUGGCACUAGAAGGAAACUCUGAAUAUAGUUAUUCUGCUGGUUCUUAUUCUGGUUCUACAGAAGGAUAUUACUCAGAAGUUGACAACAGACACGACGACUCUUUCUCAUCUGAAGAAGAAGAUUAUGUAACGAUUGGUAGAUGUAAAGUUCUAUAUGAUUAUUCAGCUACUAGAGGUGAUGAGAUUUCUAUUAAAACAGGGGAGAUAAUAAAUAUUUAUGAGAAGCAGACAGACGGAUGGUGGAAAGGAGAAUUACAGGGUAAAGUUGGAAUAUUUCCAUCAACAUAUAUAGAAGAAAUAGACACCAAGUUGUGA